GCCUAACAAUCCUGGUGUUGAGGGCGGGGGUCGCUGCAACUUGGGUGCGUACAUGGAGCACCAGCCACGACCGACACGGGAAACCGCGCCCCUCUCGCAUCAUCAUGCUCCGGUCCAUGCCGAUGCGUCUACCCGCGCCGUAGGCUCGUCGUCGACGAGACAAUUCGAGGCCGAACAGCUGCAGCUGAUGAUGGAUGUUGUGGACGAGUCCACGCCGGUGGUGGCUAUGGCCCAGACAUCCACACGGCCCGACAAGCCAUUACUACUACAUCGAGCGUCGGGGCUGUUGAUGGCACCCAUGCUCAAAAUGAGGAUGCAGUCGAAUGUUCGCAACGUUCGGAGGCGGGGGAUGGAGCAACCCACGAUGCGCUUGAUCAUGCGGAAAGCGAGCGGCGACGACGAACAUAGCCAGCUGAGCAGGUCCAGCACGGACACCCCCCUCAUGACCCGCCGCGCCAUGAAUCCGCCGCCACCACACGGCCGGCGCCAAGCCACAUGCCAGCCCAAAGUCGCGUCUCGAAAGUACUGGCCCGACUUGGUCUUGGCGUCGGCGCACUUGAAAGCCACGUCAAAGUUCCGGUGGUUCUGGGACAUUUACACCAUGUUGCUGCUGUGCUACACGGCUGUGGCCGUGCCGUUUGAGAUUGCCUUUGUCCAGCAAGACGACGUGGACGCGCUGUUCAUUUUCGACCGAUGCGUCGACUUGUCGUUUUGUAUCGACAUGGUGUUCAACUUUAUCACGCCGUACUGGGAUCCCCACGCGAAUGCCAUGGUCGAAGAGCUGCCGCUCAUCAUCAAGCAAUACGUCAAAGGCUGGUUCUGCCUCGACUUUGUGUCGGUGUUGCCGUUCGACAUUAUUGGGCUCUUUAUGGACGAAGCGUUUCGCCAGCUAACCAUUUUCCGCAUCCUUCGCAUCCUGCGUGUUAUUAAACUCGUGCGAGUAUUCCGCGCGAGCCGAAUCUUCAGUCGAUGGCAGGCCCAACUCAACAUUCCCAUGGCCAUCUUCAAGCUCGCGGGACACUUGGCCACAAUUUUACUGCUCGCACACUGGCUCGGGUGCCUCUGGGGCGGCGUCGUGCACUUCGAGUACCAUACCGACGCCCAAGGCAACAAACUGUCGUGGAUGUCAGUGUACGGCAUCGACAACAAGGGCAUGCAAACGCAAUACGUAACGUCGCUCUACUGGGCGGUUGUGACCAUCUUGACGAUUGGUUACGGCGACAUUCCUGUGGUCACCCUUGAAGAAAAAGGCAUCGCGAUUGUGUGCAUGAUUGCUGGCUGCGGCACCUACUCGUUUGUCAUUGGGUCCAUCUGUGGGGUCUUGUCCAGCAUGGACGAAGCAACGACAGACUUUCGUCAAAACAUGGACCACCUAAACAUGCUGCUGCAAAAGGAACGACUCCCCAAACACUUGGUGAUCACGUUCCGCGAGUACUUUUUGCACACCCAAGACUUGAUGAACCACAAGUACUUUUCCCGGGUUCUGGACACGCUGUCCCCGGGCCUCAAGGGCGAACUGGGCGUGUACACGUCGGGCGAGUGGAUUCACCGCGUGCCCUUCUUCCAAGGGGGCCCCAAGACCGAGCACACCAAGUUUGUCACAGCCAUUACGCAGCACCUGUCGGCCAUGCUCUUCCCCCCCAACGAGACGAUGAUUCGCCGCGGAGAUCUCACCGACCGCAUGUUUAUCUUGUCGAAAGGCAUUGUGGCGCGGCUCGGAAAGGUGAUUGGAAAGGGCAACUUUGUGGGGGAAGACGUGAUCUUGUCCAACGGCGUGAGGCACUACGAAGUGCGGACGCUAACCUUUGUGGACGCGAUGGUGCUGACGCGGGCGGGACUGCAGGCCGUGUUGAGGGGGCACUUUCCCCACAAGAUGCGCAAGAUUCGCCGCGCAUCCAUCUUUCUCAGCCUGGCACGGAAGAUGGAGUACUUUUUGGACGAACUCAAGUUCUUGCGGACGUCGCCGGAGCACACGUGGUCACGGGGGGACGAAACCGACUGGUUCCGAGCUCGGAUGUUCAAUGACCACGACUUGGACCUUGAAUCAAGCCCUCUCCACGUGGCCACCCAGAGCGUGUUGGCUGCCCAGAAAGCGCUCGCCGCCGCCGUGGCACUGGACUCAACCCUCCACAAGCGCGACGACUUUUUCGCCGUGUCUACCUGUGUCAAGGCCUCGUACACGUUGCUUCAAGACAGCUGCAGUCGCUGUCACACCGGUUUUGAUCCAUCUCAACAUGCACACGCGCCGGUGCUUCCGUGAGCUACAACUAUGACUGUUGCUGUCUAUUAUUUAACACGACGAAACCUGUUCGUCGAACUGCAAA